AUACGCAGAAACAUUUUUAUUUUAAUUCUAAUAUCAAAACUAAGCGUUAAAUUAGAAGUUGAAGAUUCUAAAUACUUAAGAUUUAUUCUUUAUAUUGCAAUUUAAAAUAAGAUUAGAAUUAUUGUAAUAUAUUAAUUAUAAUAUAUUAAAAAUUUAGAAUUGAACUUUGUUUAAAUAUCAAGAAUCAUUAAUUACUUUUGGAAUCGCAUAAUGGCCCGAAAUGAUACAGAUUCGGGAGGUCUUUUUGUAAAUUUUAAUCAGAAUAUAACGUCUUUAGCGGUCGCAUCUAAGUCUGGAUAUAGUCUCGUUAGUUUGGCUAGUGUUGAUUCUGUUUUAGAAAAAAUUUAUAGCUGCAAAAUAGAUGAAAUAUUUUUAAUAGAAAGACUAUUUGAAAGUUCAUUAGUCGCUGUGGUAUCAUUAAAAGCACCUAGAAAAUUAAAGGUGUGUCAUUUCAAAAAGAAAAGUGAAAUAUGUAAUUAUUCUUAUUCUAAUACGAUAUUGGCGGUUAAAUUAAAUCGUGAACGUUUAGUGGUCUGCUUAGAAGAAAGCUUAUACAUACACAAUAUACAAGAUAUGAAAGUAGUACACACUAUUCGUGACACCCCAAGUAAUCCAACGGGCUUAUGUGCAUUAUCUUCGUCUUCUGAGCAUUGCUAUUUAGCUUAUCCAGGAAGUGUUACAUCUGGUGAAGUUCAAAUUUUUGAUGCAAUUAAUUUACACGCAAAAACUAUGAUUCCAGCUCACGAUUCGCCAUUAGCUGCUAUUGCUUUCAGUCCGUCAGGAACGGAAAUUGCUACUGCUAGUGAACGAGGUACAGUAAUUCGAGUAUUUUCUUUAGAUGGCACAAGAUUAUUUGAAUUUAGACGCGGCGUAAAACGUUGUGUUUCAAUUGGAUCUCUGUCAUUUAGUACUUGUUCUGAAUAUUUAGUAUGCAGCUCGAAUACAGAAACAGUUCAUAUAUUUAAAUUAGACCGAACAUAUGCAGAACCCGAAAGUAAACAAAGUUCUGACGACUGGAUGGGCUAUUUAAGCAAGACUGUUUCGAGCUAUUUACCCACACAAGUUGCUAAUGUUUUCACUGGGAGAGCUUUUGCUUCUGUUGUAUUGCCAGAAGCUGGUAUAAAACGUUUAUGUGCAAUAGCUACUAUUCAAAAGACUCUAAGACUUUUAGUGGCUUCUCAAGAUGGAUACUUUUACGUUUAUUCUAUACCACAAAUUGAAGGUGGUGAGUGCCAAUUAAUAAAAAAACACGAUUUAAAAAGUGUUGAAAACAUAACGAUUGAGUUAAAAGAAUCUGCCCCUGCAAAUAUAGAAGAAAAUAAAACUUCUGGUCCAAGCUAUGCAUCAGCCGUUAAAGGUAGUGAAACUCAAUAAAUGAUUAAAAACUUGAAAAGAAAUUUAUUUAAGAAGAUUUGAAAUUAAAAAUAUUAAUUUUUAAAAUAUGUAAUCUAUAUUUAAACAAAUAUGGUGAAUUAAAAUUCUCAAUUUGUUUUUUUUUUCAAGUACAUAAUAAGUUCCACCUCAGAAUAAAACUUUAUAUUAGGGUUUCUUUAAUUAUUAGUCUU